CCCCAGGAUUCUUGGCUUUGUUCUUUGCCCCAAGAGCUGACAUCUAUGCAUGCUAUCCUUAGAAUUUCCUGUUGAGAUGGGCCCUGGACCAACCUCCAGGAUAAGAUACAUACCCUGAUCUCAUGGGGCUCAUAACCUACCAGGAGGUGAAGGCAGUCACCAGGUUGCAAGAUGCUACGAGGACGUAGAACCAAACUGGGCAGGCUGGGGGUCAGCCUCUCCAGAGGACUUCACCACAAGGCUGUGAUGGCCCUCAGGCGGGAGGAUGUGAACGCCUGGGAGAGAAGGGCACCUCUGGCUCCCAAACACAUCAAAGGGAUCACCAACCUGGGAUACAAGGUCUUGAUACAGCCUUCAAAUCGGCGGGCCAUUCAUGAUAAGGAAUAUGUCAAAGCUGGUGGGAUUCUUCAGGAGGAUAUUUCUGAAGCUUGCUUAAUUCUGGGAGUUAAAAGACCUCCAGAGGAAAAGUUAAUGUCCAAGAAGACUUAUGCAUUCUUCUCCCACACGAUAAAAGCUCAGGAGGCCAAUAUGAGCUUAUUGGAUGAGAUUCUGAAACAGGAAAUCCGACUUGUUGAUUAUGAGAAAAUGGUGGACCACAGAGGAACACGGGUGGUGGCGUUUGGACAGUGGGCAGGGGUUGCAGGGAUGAUAAACAUUCUACAUGGAAUGGGUUUAAGGCUCCUUGCUCUGGGACAUCACACUCCUUUUAUGCACAUCGGCAUGGCUCAUAACUACAGGAACAGCAGUCAGGCUGUGCAAGCUGUCCGUGAUGCUGGUUACGAAAUCUCUCUGGGUUUGAUGCCAAAGUCAAUAGGUCCCCUAACAUUUGUGUUCACAGGGACUGGAAAUGUAUCUAAGGGAGCCCAAGAAAUCUUUAAUGAACUACCCUGUGAAUAUGUGGAACCCCAUGAAUUAAGAGAAGUUUCCCAAACUGGAGACCUCAGAAAGGUGUAUGGGACAGUGUUAAGUCGCCAUCAUCAUCUUGUCAGGAAAACAGAUGGUGUCUAUGAUCCUGUAGAGUAUGACAAAUACCCUGAGCGUUACAUAAGUCGCUUUAAUACUGACAUUGCACCCUAUACAACUUGUUUAAUUAAUGGGAUCUACUGGGAACAAAACACCCCUCGCCUACUAACCCGCCAAGAUGCCCAGAGUCUCCUAGCCCCAGGCAAGUUCUCAGUGACUGGAGUUGAAGGCUGCCCUGCAUUACCACACAAACUUGUGGCAAUAUGUGACAUUUCAGCAGACACAGGAGGAUCUAUAGAGUUUAUGACUGAGUGUACCACAAUAGAGCGUCCCUUUUGCAUGUAUGAUGCUGACCAGCAUAUUAUUCAUGACAGUGUUGAAGGCUCUGGGAUUCUGAUGUGUUCCAUUGACAAUUUGCCUGCACAGCUUCCGAUCGAAGCUACAGAAUACUUUGGAGACAUGCUUUACCCGUAUGUUGAAGAAAUGUUAUUAUCAGAUGCAACACAGCCUCUUGAAAGCCAGAAUUUUUCUCCUGUGGUGCGAGAUGCAGUGAUUACAUCCAAUGGUACAUUGACUGACAAAUAUAAAUACAUCCAGAAACUCCGGGAGGGCAGAGAACGUGCUCAGUCACUUUCAAUGGACACCAAGAAAAAGGUCUUGGUUCUUGGGUCUGGCUAUGUGUCUGAGCCUGUAUUAGAAUACCUGUCAAGAGACAGCAACAUAGAAAUAACAGUAGGCUCUGAUAUGAAGAAUCAAAUUGAACAGUUGAGCAAGAAAUAUAAUAUUACUCCAGUGAGCAUGAACAUUGGUAAACAAGAAGAGAAGUUGGAUUCCUUGGUGGCCACACAGGAUCUUGUCAUCAGCUUGUUGCCUUAUGUGUUGCAUCCUCUUGUGGCCAAGGCAUGCAUCACAAACAAAGUUAACAUGAUCACUGCCAGCUACAUCACACCAGCGCUAAAAGAAUUGGAAAAGAGUGUGGAAGAUGCUGGUAUCACAGUCAUUGGUGAAUUAGGUUUGGAUCCUGGCCUUGAUCAUAUGUUGGCAAUGGAAACAAUAGACAAGGCCAAGGAAGCAGGAGCCACGAUUGAAUCUUACGUUUCUUACUGUGGUGGGCUUCCAGCCCCAGAACAUUCAGACAACCCUUUGAGAUAUAAAUUCAGCUGGAGUCCAGUGGGAGUCUUGAUGAACAUAAUGCAGCCUGCCACCUACCUACUCAAUGGCAAGGUUGUGAACGUAGCAGGGGGAGUCUCCUUUCUUGAUGCAGUUACUGCCAUGGAUUAUUUCCCAGGAUUAAACUUGGAAGGCUACCCUAACAGAGACAGCACAAAAUAUGCAGAGAUUUAUGGCAUUCCAUCUGCUCACACUUUGUUGCGAGGGACACUGAGAUAUAAGGGAUAUUCCAAGGCUUUGAAUGGAUUUGUGAAAUUGGGUCUUAUAAACAGAGAAGUGUAUCCUGCCCUUCGACCUGAGGCCAAUCCUCUCAGCUGGAAAGAACUCCUCUGUGACCUAGUUGAGAUUUCACCCUCGUCCAAGCAUGAUGAGCUGAAGGAAGCUGUUCUUAAGAAACUAGGAGGCGACAGCACCCAGAUGGAGGCUGCUGAAUGGUUGGGCUUACUUGGAGAUGAACAAGUUCCUCAUGCAGAGUCCAUUGUGGAUGCGCUCUCCAAGCAUUUGGCAAUGAAACUUUCCUAUGGCCCUGAAGAAAAAGAUAUGAUCGUGAUGAGAGACAGCUUUGGCAUCAGACAUCCUUCUGGACACCUAGAAAGUAAAACGAUUGACCUUGUGGUUUAUGGAGAUGUUAAUGGCUUCUCAGCCAUGGCUAAAACUGUGGGGUUACCCACUGCCAUGGCAGCUAAAAUGUUGCUUGAUGGUGAAAUCCAAGCCAAAGGCCUGAUGGGACCCUUUUCAAAGGAGAUCUAUGGACCAAUACUGGAGCGGAUUAAAGCAGAGGGCAUUAUCUAUACUACACGGAGCACAAUCAAACCAUGAUUGGGAAUUAUAUUUUGUUUUCAUCUUCCCAGGCAACACAGCUCUAAUCACUUGCGUGACAAAGAUGCUUGUCAAUGUGCUAUUUUAUAAAGUAUAAAGCACAAUGUAUUUUGAUUAAGUCAAUAUAAUUAUUUUUUUUAAACAUAAAGCUUUAUUUUAAUAUGAAAAUGUUUGGAAUAGGAGGUGCCAGUAACUACCAGAAUUUAAUAAUUCUAUGUAUUUUUUCAUAAGCAUGUGAAAGUGGUAGUGAUCAUGCUAUUUGUUAAUUUAUUGUGUCACUUUUUUCUUACAAGAACACAUUUUCUAAAAUCAGAGAUGCAGUUUUACUUUUUUGGUUACAAAAAUGUCAUCCCUUAGCUAUACUUUUGCAUUUUUCAAAUUGAUUCUUUUUAGAGUCCUUUAGGUUACUUAUUAACAAACCUUUACAAAGUGCUAUUUAAUGCCUUUUUAGUAAGGUUACAAUUUAUUUAGUAAGUAUCUUUCUUAUAGUUUUCUCUUGAGUUUAUGGAAAAGGGACUAAAUAACAUUAAACUCAACUCACUUGAUCACCUCAUAAGGCAUAGUAAAAGUAUUUAACAAAAUCAAACACCUUUUUGUAAUAAGAGGCCUCAAUAAACUAAAAGGGAACUUCCUCACUCUGAAAAAGGCAUCCGUGAAAAACCCAGAGCUUGCCUCAUACUUGAUGAUGAAAGACCAAAUGAUUUCUCCCUAAGAUCAGCAAGAAGGCAACAGUGUCUGCUCUGAGCCUUUCUGUGCAGCUUAUACUGGACAGUUAGGCAAGAAAAUGAAAUAAAAAUGAUCCAGGGUGGAGAGGUAGAAGUAAAACUCUACCACAGAUUAUGUGCUCUUAUUCAUAGAAACCCAAAGGAAAUCCAUAGAAAAUCCAAAGAUACACUCUUAAAGAAAGAAUUAAUAAAUGAAUUCAGCAAAGUGUCAGGACAGAUUAGUGGUUAGAAACUGAUUGUCUUUUUUAUACAGUAUCAAUAAAUAAACAAAGAACAAAAAAUGAUAUUAUGAGAGUGAUUCAGUUUUCAGCAUCAUCAGGAAUAGGAUAGUAAUAGAAUUGUGAGUCUAGAAAUAAUACAUUUAUGUCUAAAAGGUGCUAAAACAAUUCUGGGGGAGGAUAUCUUUUCUAUCAAAUGGUGCUUGGAAGUCUAUAGAUAUACAUGCAAAAUACUGAAAUCAAAUCCUUACCUCAUACCACAUAUAAAAUUUAAUUCAAAAUGUAUUUUUACACUAAAUAUAAGAGCUAAAACUGUAAAAUGCUUAGAAGAAAAUGUAGGUGUCUUUAUGAACUUGUAUUAAGUACUGCUCUCUUAAAUAUCACUCAAAACACAUGUAACAAAAGAAAAAAAUAAUUCAUCGCAGUCAUCAAACUUAAAACAUUUUGUGCUUCCUAAAACACCAUAAAGAAAGGAAAAAGACCCACAGAAUGAGAGAAAAAUGUUGUUGAUCUUAUAUCAGGUAAUGGAGGAACUUCUAUACAGAAUAUAAAAAGAACAGUUGUAACUGAACAAAAAAAGAUAAAUAACCUAAUUUUUAAAAUAGACAAGGGAUCUGCAUUGACAAUUCUCCAAAGAAGCUAUCUAGGAGGCCAAUGAGCUCAUGCCAAGAUUCCCAACAUCAUUAGCCAGAAGGGGCAUAUAAAUCAAGUGGAUGAGAUACCACUUUACCCACAAGGACGGACCUAAUACAAAUGAUGACAACACAUACUGGUGAGGAUGAGAAAUUGGAACCCUCAUACCCUACUGAUGCAUACUCAGGAAAAAAAUGAAAACAUGUAUCUACUCAAAAACUCAUGCAGAGAUGUUCCUAGCAGUUGUAUUCAUAAUAGCUAAAAAUAGAAACAACACAAAUGUUCAAUGUUCAUCAAUGAAUAAAGGAAUAUAUAAAAUGUGAUAUAUGCAUACGUUGGGAUAGUAGCCAGCCACAGAAAAGAAACAAUGCAUAGAUAUUGUCUACAACAUGGAUGGACAUUGAAAAUAUGCCAAGUGAAGGAAGUUAGACUCAAAAUGCCACAUCAUUUUAUGAUUUCAUCUAUAUGAAGUGUCCAGAACAAGAAAAUUUAUUUAUGUGAAAAGUAGAUUAAUGAUUGCCCAGGACUGGAGGGCUGGAAGAGGAAGAUGGAGUGACUGCUAAUGAGUGUGGAGUUUCUUUUUGGAAUAAUAAAAACAUUGUAGAGUUGACUGUGGUAAUGGUGGCACCACUGUGGAUAUACUAAAAACCACUGAAUUGUAUAAUUUGUGUGAAUGUUAUGGUAUGUGAAUUGCACUUACAUUGUUAUAAAAAGACAAAAUAACAAAUAAAAUUUGCUCCUUUGGGAAAUAA